AUGGAUGGCAUAUACCCAACCUACGCUGCUUUUGUUAAAAGUUUUAAUGACCCUCAGUCUGCAAAGCACAAGGUACUUGUAUCACUUAUCUUCUUGAAGAACUUUGCAAAGGCACAAGAGGCAGUCAGAAAGGAUAUAGAGUGUGCAUUUGAGAAUGGUAGAGGAGAGAAAGAAAAUGUUGGUGAAGGUAAUGGAGUAGAAAGAGAAGUUGUGGGAGAAAGAUCUGAGGUGGAUACUUCCUUGACUGGAACGACGUCCUUGAUGCCCAGAUCAGAGAUAGUGCUCCCAGAUGGAAGCUUCGCAAGUUUUAUCCAAAGGUAUAUAGAAAUUCGAAACCGUGAGCAUCACUUUCAGUUGAGACACGAUCUCGUAGAAAGCCUGUGGCAAAGAAAAGGAGAUUCAUUAAUAAAAUAA